AUGCCCGAGGGUUCGUCUGCUCCGCCCUGGACACCCGAGGGUCCAACAGCUCAGCCAUGGAUGCCCGAGGGUUCGUCUGCUCCGCCCUGGACACCCGAGGGUCCAACAGCUCUGCCCUGGAUGCCCGAGGGUUCGUCUGCUCCGCCCUGGACACCCGAGGGUCCAACAGCUCAGCCAUGGAUGCCCGAGGGUUCGUCUGCUCCGCCCUGGACACCCGAGGGUCCAACAGCUCUGCCCUGGACGCCCGAGGGUCCAACAGCUCCGCCCUGGACGCCCGAGGGUUCGUCUGCUCCGCCCUGGACACCUGAGGGUCCAACAGCUCCACCCUGGACGUCCGAGGGUCCAACAGCUCCUCCCGGGACGCCCGAGGGUCCAACAGCUCCGCCCUGGACGCCCGAGGGUUCGUCUGCUCCACCCAGGACACCCGAGGGUCCAACAGCUCCGCCCUGGACGCCCGAGGGUCCAACAGCACCGCCCCGGACGCCCGAGGGUUCGUCUGCUCCGCCCUGGAUGCCCGAGGGUCCAACAGCACCACCCUGGACGCCCGAGGGUCCAACAGCUCCGCCCUGGACGCCCGAGGGUUCGUCUGCUCCUCCCUGGACACCCGAGGGUCCAACAGCUCCGCCCUGGACGCCCGAGGGUUCGUCUGCUCCUCCCUGGACACCCGAGGGUCCAACAGCUCCGCCCUGGAUGCCCGAGGGUUCGUCUGCUCCGCCCUGGACACCCGAGGGUCCAACAGCUCAGCCAUGGAUGCCCGAGGGUUCGUCUGCUCCGCCCUGGACACCCGAGGGUCCAACAGCUCUGCCCUGGACGCCCGAGGGUCCAACAGCUCCGCCCUGGACGCCCGAGGGUUCGUCUGCUCCGCCCUGGACACCUGAGGGUCCAACAGCUCCGCCCUGGACGUCCGAGGGUCCAACAGCUCCUCCCGGGACGCCCGAGGGUCCAACAGCUCCGCCCUGGACGCCCGAGGGUUCGUCUGCUCCACCCUGGACACCCGAGGGUCCAACAGCUCCGCCCUGGACGCCCGAGGGUCCAACAGCACCGCCCCGGACGCCCGAGGGUUCGUCUGCUCCGCCCUGGAUGCCCGAGGGUCCAACAGCACCACCCUGGACGCCCGAGGGUCCAACAGCUCCGCCCUGGACGCCCGAGGGUUCGUCUGCUCCGCCCUGGACACCCGAGGGUCCAACAGCUCCGCCCUGGACGCCCGAGGGUCCAACAGCACCGCCCUGGACGCCCGAGGGUUCGUCUGCUCCGCCCUGGAUGCCCGAGGGUCCAACAGCUCCGCCCUGGACGCCCGAGGGGAUGUGGAAAAUUGGUUCGAGGCUUCCCCUGGCCAUCCGGCUGUAG